AUGCAGCUGGGCGAGCCGCUGCUGGCGGCGGCGGGGGCCCUGCCGGGCGCCCCCUUCUACCCGCUGGAGGCCGGCGGGCGCGGCGGCGGGGCUGGGGCGGGCGCUGGCGGCGCGACCCGCGGGCCGCCCCGGCCGGGCUCGCCGCCGCGCCUCGAUCUGGAUAAGACGCCCAAGAAGUUCGGGGCGGCCCCCGCCGUGCUGGGCGAGGCCGAGGCGGGCGAGCCGCCCUUCGCCGCCCCCAAGCCGGACGGCCGCAAGGCCACCCCCUGCGGGGAGGAGGAGCUGCCCCCGGCCGCCGCCGCCCGCUACUCCAUGGACAGCCUCAGCCCCGAGCGCUACUACCUGCAGUCCCCCGGGCCGCCGGGGACCGAGCUGGGGGGGCCCUGCGCCCUCUUCCCCUACCCGCCGGCGGCGCAGCACGGCGCCGUCUACCAGCCGCCCGGCGGGCCGCGCUACCCCUACGGCUCCGUGCUGUCGCCGGGCGGCUUCGCGGGCGCCGUCUGCCCGCCCGGCGGCCGGGCGCAGUUCGGCGGCGGCGGCGGGUACCAGUAUGGGCAGGCGGCGGCCGGAGGAUCGCUCUACGGCCCUUACCCGGCGGCGUCGGGGUCCUGCGGCGGGCUAGGGGCCCUGGGGGUGCCGACCGCCGGCCCGGGGCUGCGGGCGCAGGUCUUCCUCUGCAACCGGCCCCUCUGGCUCAAGUUCCACCGGCACCAGACGGAGAUGAUCAUCACCAAGCAGGGCCGGAGGAUGUUUCCUUUCCUGAGCUUUAACAUCACCGGCCUCAACCCCACGGCCCACUACAACGUCUUCGUGGAGGUGGUGUUGGCGGACCCCAAUCACUGGCGUUUCCAGGGGGGCAAGUGGGUGACCUGCGGCAAAGCCGAUAAUAACAUGCAAGGCAACAAGGUGUACGUUCACCCCGAGUCGCCCAACACCGGGGCUCACUGGAUGAGGCAGGAGAUUUCUUUCGGGAAACUGAAGCUCACGAACAAUAAAGGUGCCAACAACAACAACGCGCAGAUGAUAGUACUGCAAUCUCUACACAAGUACCAGCCCCGGCUUCACAUCGUGGAAGUGACUGAAGAUGGUGUUGAAGAUCUGAAUGAUUCCUCAAAGACUCAAACAUUUAUUUUCCCCGAAACACAGUUCAUAGCAGUUACAGCAUAUCAAAACACUGAUAUUACCCAGCUCAAAAUUGACCAUAAUCCUUUUGCAAAAGGCUUCAGAGACAACUAUGACUCCAUGUACACAGCUUCAGAAAAUGACAGAUUAACUCCAUCUCCCACGGAUUCUCCUAGAUCCCACCAGAUUGUCCCUGGCGGCCGAUACAGCGUGCAACCGUUCUUCCAAGAACAGUUUGUCAACAACCUGCCCCCGGCCAGGUUUUACAAUGGUGAGAGAACUGUCCCUCAGACAAACGGCUUGCUCUCCCCGCAGCAGAAUGAAGAGGUGGCCAGCCCUCCUCAGCGGUGGUUUGUUACACCUGUACAGCAGCCCAGUGCCAACAAACUGGACAUGAACUCCUAUGAGACGGAGUAUUCUCCUAGCACCUUGCUCCCUUACGGCAUUAAAUCCCUCCCGCUUCAGACAUCCCAUGCUCUGGGGUACUACCCUGACCCAACAUUUCCAUCCAUGGCGGGCUGGGGGAGCAGGGGCUCUUACCAGCGGAAAAUGACAACAGGAUUACCUUGGACGGCCAGAACAAGUCCUCCAGGUUUCUCUGAAGACCAGCUUUCUAAGGAGAAGGUGAAAGAAGAAAUAGGCUCAUCCUGGAUAGAGACUCCACCCUCCAUUAAGUCUCUAGAUUCAAAUGAUUCUGGGGUCUACACGGGUGCUUGUAAGAGAAGACGGCUCUCCCCUAGCACUUCCAGCAAUGAAAAUUCCCCAACUAUGAAAUGUGAGGAUGUUAAUGCUGAGGACUAUAGCAAAGACACUUCAAAAGGCAUGGGCUACUAUGCGUUCUAUACUAGUUCUUAA